UUUUCGAUUCAGCAAAGCGAGAUAGAGCGUGCACCGUGCAACAGAGAUGGAGAAAGCAAUGAAAACGCCGUUCCGUUUUAAUGGCUGCCGCGAGAAGGUGUAGAAUGAAAAACGGUGAAAUUUUACUGAAAUAGUGCUUGAAAAAUGUGCUAGUGUAGGAAAGGUGGAAGAAAAACUGUCCCACUAAUCGCUACGCACAGUGUACGAGUGUUUUCCCAGCUGUGCUCGCUGUGGUGAAGCAGAAGACGAACCGGAAACCUGCACUGUCUCCUUCGGGGCCAAAAGUAAUUCCUGCGACCGUCACUACCGUCGGGAGUCAAAGAUCCAGAGGUGCGUGUGCAUGUGAAUGUGUGUAUGCAUCAAACGUAAGCGCUACGCGGAGAAAAACAAUCGAAAAUGGAUGUCCUUUGAGCGACGGUUAGUGCACUUGACUUCCAAUCGAAGUAUCAACUCUCUCGAUCGUCUGACUACGCACGGUCAUGGAUCCGAACGAUAAUCACCACCCACAGCCGGCAGCAUCGGCAGACGGGACUGGCGGUCGUGGUGGGGCGCAUACAGGGGCAGGGCCGUCUAGCGGCGCGGGAGCGCCCGGUUCGGCAGCAGCGGCAGCAGCAGCGGCAGCCGCAGCAGCAGCCGCUGCCUACCACCAUCAGCAGUACUCGCAAACCCCUCCGCAUCAUCUGUCGUCCGGUUAUGCUGCUGCCAUGAUGGACCAUCAUCAUCACCAUCAGAUGAAGGAUCCUUACUACCAUCAUCAUCACCAUGGACGACACUACACAGAUCCGUAUGCCGCGAUGCACCAUGGGCAUGGAGGUGCUGGCUAUCAUGCCCCACCUCACGGUCCUCCGCCUCCUCCGCCGUCGGUUUUGGGUUCGAUGCAUUCACAGCAUUCCUAUCCGCAUCACCACCAUCAUCCGCAUCAGAAUCCUUACGGGCAUUCGUACCAUCACCAACCAUCAGCGGGCUAUCCCGGAUCGCAAGCGUCGGCCGGUAUGCAUCAUCAUGGCCAUGCUCUCCAUCAUCCGGGCCAUUCUUCAUCGAUGGGACAGUAUGGAAACAGUCAAGCGCAACAAUAUCCGGGUUACGGACAGCUUACCGGAUCAGUAACCGAUCAGCAAACCGCCGGCGGACAUUAUGCAGGAUCUUCCACGGCUUCGCACCAUCAUAACGCUCCGCUGGGUGCUGGUGGAGUUGCGUACCGGGACGAUAAGGAUAUGCAUACAGGCCAUCCAGAUCACAGUGGUAUGGGGCCCAGUGUCCCCGGAAAUGAAGCUUCUGGCAUGGGAGCGCUAGCAAAUCCUGCAUCGACGGUUAUACCUCCUGCAAGCGGCACUGGCAGUGGUAGCGGAACUAGCGGCAAACGAAAGAUUGAAAUCCUUGAUAAUAUAUUGAUAAAGAAAUCCAAAAACACACCAUCCGACACAGGAGGAAUGACGAGCAUGGGCAGCAUGCACGCCACCACCAAUCACAGUAAUGUGUACGGUGUUCAACCGUCGGAUCCGGCACUUCUCAGUGGUAGUGUCGCGAUGGGUGCAGGAGACAGCUCAAAAUCAUCCUUCCAGAUGUCAAAUAUACUGGACGAUAAAAAUGCAACCAAACAACCAUUACAUACACCUUACUCGGCGACGGAAGGAGCACACACGGCCACAACGCAUCAUAUGCACUCGGUCGGAGGAGGGCACAGUGAGCGUGAAAAGAAGGGCCAUGAAUCAGGCCACUACCACCACGGUAAUACUGGCGGAAGUUCUAGCAGAAAAUCUUCAAAAUCAAAGGGCGGUGGCGAUUCGUCCAAAAACGAUCGAUCGACCGGAUCUUCGUCGACUAUCGCCCCGCCAAGCGCGGGCAUCGGAGCUGAAGCAGCAACUGAGUUGCAGCAAACACCCGCCGCCCAGCACAUGGACUUCGAUAUCUCCGAGAAGCUGAAAGAAAUGGGAGAGAUCAGUGUGAAGCCGGUAUCGAAAAACGAUGCCAGUGCCAAAUCGCGUACCAGUGAGCUUGAGUGCAACGAAGAGAUUUCUCUGGAAAUCACCAAGAAAGAUGCAGCCAUGCGGAAGGUGACGAAUCUACGCAAAAACAUCAAGGAGGUGAUGGACGAUAAUCAACUGGAUGCAUCGACGCUGGCCGCUCAGCGCCAGGAGUUGGAGCGUUUGGCCCGCGUGCAGGAACAGCAACGAAUCAUUCGCGAAGUUCAGCGUCAGCUAGCGCUGGAGCGCCAGACGAACAAAACCGAACAGAAGGUGAUGCAGUUCUUGCAAGGGCAUGCGUCCAUACUGAAAUCACAACAACCCAGCACGUCCAGUACGGCGGCAAGCGGAUCCGGGAGUGGGAUUGCUUCCACGACCCCGAUCCGUGUCGGUUACGUUAAGAAUCCGUUCGAAACUCGAGGUCGACCGCCAAAGAAUCGACAGCUGAUCGUUUCUACUGCCACGACAACACUACUCACAGCGACCACUUCGUCGGCUUGUUCGACGACGACUGCAACGACUAAUUUGACCCCUUCCGUUAGCAUUGCUCCGGUAAAGGCGGCUUCGCUUGCUGCCACAAAUAGCGCUUCCUCCUCGUCGACCAUUCCAGCGCCUGCAUCUUCUCCUACGAUCAUUCCGGUGCGUACGUUCGAAGAGAUGGUAGACUCGGAGGAAGAGCUAGAACCGGAAGACGAACCGGAGGAAGAGGAUGAAGACAGUGAGGGCGAGGUGAUUGCUUUGCCGGAGAAGAAAGAGAUAGUGACAAUCGACAGUUCGUCGGACGAUGACUGUAUCGUGCUGUCGGAUGACGAUGAAGAACCCGAAGACGAAUCGGACGACGAUCCGCAAAACAGUGGACUGCACGUGAACGACGCGUACAACGUGCCCGAUGACCAGGGCCGCGUCGUCAUCAACGUUGGACACGCCGACGGCGAGGAAGACAUAUUCCUCGCACCGCAGAUCGCACGCAUCAUCAAACCGCAUCAGAUCGGUGGCGUACGGUUUCUGUUCGACAACAUCAUCGAAUCGAUCGAGCGGUACGAUUCGUCGACCGGGUUCGGAUGCAUUUUGGCACACUCGAUGGGGCUCGGUAAAACGCUACAGUUAGUUUGCUUCUGUGAUAUAUUUUUAAGGCACACCAGCUCGAAAACGGUCCUGAUCAUUAUGCCCAUCAACACGCUGCAGAACUGGCUGAACGAGUUCAACACCUGGCUGCCCGAGGACGCGGAACACAGCCCGCUGCGGAACCAUGGCGAGGUGCGUGCGCGCAACUUCCGGAUACACAUCCUCAACGAUAGCCACAAGACGCUCAAGUCGCGCUCGAAGGUCGUGCUGGAGUGGGCUAAAAAUGGAGGCGUGCUGCUGAUCGGUUACGAAAUGUACCGGCUGCUGAGCCAGAAGAAGAUGACCAAGAAGAAGAAAAAGAAAAAGGGCGCCCUGCUGGAACCCGAGGAGGAGAAAGAGUCGACCGAGGAGCAGCGCAACAUGUUCGACGACAUUCACGAAGCGCUGGUAAAGCCGGGCCCAGAUCUUGUCGUGUGUGACGAGGGUCAUCGGAUCAAGAAUUCACAUGCGAGCAUUUCGGUUGCGCUGAAGCAAAUCAAAUCCAAGCGUCGCGUGGUGCUGACGGGCUAUCCGCUGCAGAACAAUCUGCUCGAGUAUUGGUGCAUGGUGGACUUUGUGCGGCCGAACUAUCUGGGCACGAAGACGGAGUUUAGCAACAUGUUCGAACGUCCAAUUCAAAACGGGCAGUGCAUUGACUCCACGCCGCAGGAUAUUAAGCUGAUGCGCUAUCGGGCACACGUGCUGCACUCGCUGCUGCUAGGUUUCGUGCAGCGGCGGUCCCAUUCGGUGCUGCAAACUUCGCUCCCGCAGAAGGAAGAGUAUGUGCUGCUUAUACGUAUGACCGAGUUCCAGCGCAAGCUGUACAGUGUGUUCAUGAACGAGGUUGUACGGACGAAAGCGGUUCCGAAUCCGCUCAAGGCUUUUGCCGUGUGUUGCAAGAUCUGGAACCAUCCGGAUGUGUUGUACAAUUUCCUGAAGCAGAGCGAACGUGAUCUGGACCUCGAGCUCGAAGAACCGGAACCGCCGCCAGUACCGGGAGCCGUCAAACCGGGCGAAAUUCCAUCCACAGGGAUUACGCCAGCCACCUCGGGUACGGCGACUCCAAUGGAGGUCGAUAGCGCUGGUACCACUAACACAAUGGAAGUACCUCCAAUACUCUCCACUGUAUCUCCGGCAUGUGCUGCUGUUGCUGCUAAAGGAGGUCGUAAAAAUGCAGCCGCCCCGAAGCCGGCCAAACCGCUGGCACUGAAAAAAGACGGUACACCGCGGAAGCCACGCACGUCGAAAAAAGCGGCUCUCAGCAACAAAUCACAAGCUGUCGGAAAGGAUGGCAAGAUUGUCCCGGCGGCCACUAUUAGCCCUAGCAAUGUAAACAAGGACCCGAGUUCGAUGAUGAUGGAAACGGGCUCGGCACCGACGGCCCCUUCAGCUACAUUUCCUAAGAUGGAAGGCGUUACGAGCGAGUUUCCAACCGACGAAAGCGUGGUCAAGCAGGAAGCAGGUACCCAUAUGUAUCCGCAGCCAGUGGAUGGGUCGCAAUACCAGGCACCCUAUCCUUACCAGUCUUAUCCCGGGUCGGGUCCGAUGCCUCCUGGUCAAAGCUAUGGCAAUUACAAUCAGGACAUGCAUAACAUGAUGGGAUCGGAUCAAUCAAACGCGUACGGAAAUUCAUACGAUAAUACCGCUGCUAAUGGACAGUAUGGAGGAAAUAGUAAUCCGACUGGACCUGGUGGCACUGCCGAUCCGUACAAUAACAGCUAUGGAAGCAAUUACUACAGGAAUGAUUAUAAUUCUUCUUAUAGCCAAUCUUCUGGAUAUGGCACAAGUGGACAAGCGGCGUCGACUGGAUCUUCAGGAUACGAACAAAAUCAGUAUCCUUAUGGCGCGAAUACCGUCGAAGGAGUACAGCCUCAAAACUCUCAGUAUCCCCACAAUAGUGGCAGUGGUUCGGGAGGGCAAAACUCUCAACCAAACAAUUAUUGGAGUGAUAGUUCUACCGUGAAUGGUAGCAACAGCUACUAUGACCCUCAACAACAACAACACCAGCAGCAGCAGCCUCCUGUCGUCGCUAGCAAUGACGUUAAUGGAGGGACAGAAUCAUCUUAUCCGGGGUAUGGCGCAGGGUAUGGGGCAUCGAACGGUGGUACUCAACCGCAACUAACAGCGGAUACCGGUGAUACAUCUGGUUUGUACAGCUAUCCGAAUGCAGAGCAGCAAACUUCGUCUGCAGCAACCCCUGCUCCACCACAACCAACAGCAACGUCCUAUGAAGAUUACAAUUCCUCCGGGACUUUGCCGGCCAAUGGGCUUCCCAAGUGGAAUGGUGAACCGACGACAACCAAUGGUAAUCACACUUCUGCCGCUGAAGGAAAUGCCGAACUUCCGCCGGGACAGGUCACCAACGCUAAAGCUACUAGCAAUCUAGAAACCAUUCCUGCACCAGUAGCCUCGGCCAUAGAUCCAGCUCCAACUCCGGUGGAAUCUACGUUAGAGACUCCUGACGCCAGCCACGAAGCAACUUCAAUCGUAACACAAGAGCAGGCUAAUGCUCAGUACGCGAAUCAACCAUCGCUGGAAGAUCUCAAAGAUCCUGUGAAACCUGAUCUUACCGCCGAAAAGCCAGCUGAAAUCGGCGACAUGGAUACGAAAGAGAUUGACAAACUGAAUGUUGUUGAACAUGAGAUUAAGCAGGAGAUUAAGGAAGAGGCAGAGACCGAUGGAGAUUCUAAAGAGAAUAAGCAGGAAAACGUGCAGAUAAAGCAGGAAGAGCAAGACGAGCAGGUGGUCCUAAAGAGCGAGGUUAAAGUUGAAGAAAAUGGGGAGAAAGUACCGACUGAUGCAAGUGGAGAAUUGUCGGAAAAACCGGCGGACGAUGGUUUGAAGGAGGAAAAACCCCUCGAAUUAGCCGAUGACGUAAAGCCCAUCAAGAAAGAGGAAGCGCCGGAAGAGGUUGCAAUCAAGCAAGAGGUGAAAGAACAGGAACAGACAUCUAUCGAUUCUGCCACUGCUGCUGCCGCUGACGAGAAAAAGCUUGAAAUGGACAGUAAACCAAUCGAAUCUGAGCUAGCAAAGAACGAAGACGAUAAAAAUCGGGUGAAAACUAGCGAAGAUGGCGAAACGAAAAUGGAGGAAGAGGUGGCGGUGCUUGGAAAAACUGAAAAUGACGAGGAAAAACCCAAAGCCGACACGGCGGUAGCUCUGGAAGAAGGAGAAGUGAUUAUAAAGGAAGAGAAAACCGAAUCUCCGGCAGAAGAUAAGGACAGUUCAACAACCACCACAACGUCGUCGACAACAGCUACGACCACGGCUGUAAGCUCUACCGCUACCACGACGACGACGACGACGACUGCGACGACGACCGCUGCUACUGCGGCGGCAGGUGGUACAAAGGAAGGCAAAGGCAAGGAUGCCAAGGAUGAAAUACCGUACGAAUGGGCGUUCGAGCUGAUGAAGGGCUACAUACCGGACCUGUUGGAGAACUCGCCCAAAAUGGACAUAUUCUUUUGCAUACUGGAAGAAAGCAUUCGGCUGGGCGAUCGUUUGCUGGUGUUCAGCCAAAGCUUGCUGACGUUGAACCUGAUCGAGCGAUUUCUGCAGCGUAAUAAGAUACCUGGCUCGGAGCACUAUUGGUCCAAAAAUAGUAACUACUUUCGACUGGACGGUUCUACGGUGGCCCAGGAACGGGAAAAGCUCAUCAACGAGUUCAACUCUAACCCGAACGUGCACCUGUUCCUGGUGUCGACACGCGCUGGCUCGCUCGGCAUUAAUCUGGUCGGUGCUAAUCGGGUGGUGGUGUUCGAUGCCAGCUGGAAUCCCUGUCACGACACGCAAGCCGUUUGCCGCGUGUAUCGUUACGGUCAGAAAAAGCCAUGCUUCGUUUAUAGGCUGGUGAUGGAUAACUGUCUGGAGAAGAAGAUUUACGAUCGGCAGAUCAAUAAGCAGGGCAUGUCGGACCGCAUAGUGGAUGAGUGCAAUCCUGACGCUCAUUUGUCGAUGAAGGAAAUCACCAGCCUCUGUUACGACGAUGGUGAAGAUGGCGAAAUGAAGGAUUUUAGCGAGGAAAAGGACAAAUUCAUCGAUAUCGUGAUGCAGCAUCUGCUGGAGUCGCACUCGAAGAAGCUGACGAAGGCACCGUUCGCCCACGAAAGCUUGCUGAUCGAUCGGAAGGAGAAGAAGCUGUCGUCGGCGGAAAAGCGUCAGGCACAGCGAGGGUACGAGCUGGAGAAGCAGGCGGCAACCAAACCGCAAUACUCGUACACAUCCAUGGGCACUACUUACCGGGCGAUACGUACAUCUGAUGGGUCGAUCAUUCAUCGUCCUGUUGCAUCGGUGCGUCCCAUGCAGGCAGGAGAUGCGAACAAAACGAAUGUAGCUGGAGCACGGCCAACGCGUUGGAUACCGGCUGAGGUGUGGCAACGCCAAGGCAUGACAGCGCAAGAGAUGACACUUCCGAUCGAUGUUGUGAUUCCAACCAGCUCCGCGGACAAAUCCAACAUCGUACUAAAGGCGGGCCAGAAAGUGAUGGUGCUCAAGUCUCCGAAGGGUAUCUACAUGCAGCUAGAGAGUGGUAAAAUUAUUGCCAUUCGCACAGCAUUCAAGGUGGGGCAAAGCAAGGAUACGCCACCGGCGAAAGGAGGCAUCAUCACUACCACACCAAGCGCUGCACCCGGCCGCCGAACAUCGAACCUGUCGUUCAGCACAACGAAAGCAUCCUCUACGCUACUUGUGUCGAAGAACGGGGCCGGUGCUAGUGGUGUCAGUGCGGGCGAUUUUUCCGAAGGAAACUCGUUGAGCAUUGCGUCCAAUUCGGACGAUGACGAAAAAUCCGACUCGAGCAUUCUUCCACUCACGAUCAACGAUGAUGGCGACAGCGAAAAGGAGACGAUGAGCGUGGAUGACUAUCCCGAUAAACCAGCCUCGAAAAAGGACGCCGACGUGGAGCAUAUCGUGAGCGACAGGACGACGGAUACGAUGAUGAGUAGCACGAGCAGCACGAGUAACAGCAGUGGCAUGACAGCACCAACAACUAUGUCGUCCACUGUUUCUUCCUUUACGAAUGCCUCUCCUGCUAAAAGCGAAUCGAUCGAUAAGUUCCCGAUGAUCCAGUCGGCUUACUCCCUAGCUCCUCAAGCGCAGGGUCAUGCUUCCUCGCAGCGUUCGGGAUCGGGUGGGUUAGCGCUACAUGGUUCGCAACCGCCGACGGUGCAACCAACAGCUACCGUCACCAUCGAUGACGAUUCUCCACCGAUGAGGGAGAAGAUGACGUACAAACCGAACUUGGUCGAGCGCAAGACAAAAGCAUCUCCUUCCUCGCUCAAGAACUACCGGCAUAAGGCUAGUAAAGUGCAGGAAAUCAAUACGACCAACACGACAGUCGGGGCAGCAACAUCCGUGACCAGUGCGGUGGUUGUCUCGGCUACGAAUGCUCUUACUACAACGGUGGCAAGUAAUUCGAGUGCUGCGAGCAUAAAUCACGGUGUUCCGGCUUCUAAGGUGAAUGAGAUAGCACACAACAAUCCAGCAAACGAUGCUUCUGCUGGAAUGUACAAUCCCAGUGCAAACACACACAACAGCGCGUACCAUUCGAGUAUGAUGAUGAACAAUGACAAGAUGUCAGCUAGUCAUACGGGUGGUAAUGUACCGGGAACUCAAAAUGCGUACGGGCAUGGAGCCGGAUCCGUGCCAGGAUACUCGACUGCAUCGCAUGUGACUCAUCCAGGGAAUAAGUUACCCAUUACAAGCACUACUCCAUCGUCGGCUACGGAUACGCUGACGACUGGCUCGCAUCAGUAUCCGGCUGGUCCAACGGCAAGCUACGGAGGACACUCGACGACACCAGCGACAGGAUCGGUGGGGGGAAAGAAUCAAGGUCAACAUACGGGCACGGGUGUCGGACACACAACCGGUAUGACUUCUGCUUCCGCUUACAACAACAGCACAGUUGGAAGCGGCAACAAACAACAUUCCUCGUGGAUGCCUUACGGUCCUCCAAGCUCUGGAACUGCAUCUUCAGGCAAUACGCUGCCGUCUGCUGGCUAUGGCCAGAUACCCCAACAGCAACAACAACCGCACAUGCAUGCACAUAGCAAUUACUCCCAACAACAGCAACAUCAGCAGCAGCCCACACAGCAUCAUUACCAACCGAUGGGUGGCCAAAUGCAACACCGAUUGCCGACCCACCAACCAGCUCAUCCUCCCCAUCUUGGCCUACACCAGCAUCAAGCUACUGCGGGCGGUGUGCAACCUCCACCACCAGCACCACAGUACGAGUCUAGCUUGAACUUUCUCGAGAAAACGACAUCCGCACUAAUUAACAACCAAAAUCAAAGCGAAUUCCAAGCCUCCCUAAGUAACAUUACCCGUUCGCCCACGCCCACCGAUGGGUACAUCGAUUACAACCCGAAACCGACCGCUCCAUCGACGAAGAAGGGCGCUGGCGGCAAAGCAAAAACACCCAAAGCUCCCAAAAACGAUUACAGCGCCGCAAAGAAGGCACUCAACAAGCGAAACAACCCUUCGCCCUACACGCACAUCUCGUCCUCCUCUGCGUCGUCCUCUCCGUCCGCAUCGCCGGCAGUGAUGAACCACACGCAACACACUACGACCACCGUUCCAGCUCCAACCGCUGCUGCUGUUGCUGCUGCUGUUCCCAGUGCUUACCAUCAUGGGUAUCAUGCGGGAGCUGGAGGCACCGGAGCACCGGCUGGAACAUCUCCAGCGAUGGCAUCAAAUCAACCGGCCGGUCUGUACUACGAUCAGUACGGUCAACCGAUCAAUCAGCACCAUCAGCAGCAUCAGCUGACCGGAGGAUACGGUACGAACAGCGGUAUGAUGGGAACACCACCGACCAGUACGAGCAGUACGAACAACAACGGCCAUGUGCAGGCAUCACACCAACCGGCGACCGUGGGCGGUGGCUAUGGAAACGUGCUUCCUCCCGUGUCGUCAUUCGCUGGUCCUUCAUACACAUCAACCAGCAACAGCACAACAUCAACGGCCACCGUACGCUCCAACUAUUAUCAACCGUCGACGGGCUCCGCAGAAAGCGGCAGCAUUCCCGCAGGGAUCAGUUCGACUCCACAACCACCAACAAUGCACGCGACAACGGACACGUCAUCAGCCGGUUACUCGCAUCAUCCGACACCGGCAGCACAGUCCCAUCAUCGUCCCGCUUCACCGUCGCAAACCGUAGCGCCACACUACUCGCAACCGCAGGCGACGGCAGGCUCAACGUCUUCCAGAGGCGGCAGUGCGAGAGGAUCAUCCAGCGCUUCACAGCAGCAGCAACACCUUCCGCAUCAUAUGCAGCAACCUCAGCAACACGCGCCACAUCAUCUGCAAUAUGCCGCGCAGCAAACUACUCCAGCACCAGCCGCAGUACAGCCCGAUUACUCGAUGCACACGCAGUCGGUGCCUCCGUACAGCUCGAUGGGAGCCGCACCUUCAACUACGGACAUAGGAACAGCUUCCUCGGACACUGCAGCAGCCGGUGUUUACCAGCAGCAACAGCAGCAGCAACACCAUCCGUCCCAUCAGCAACAUCAGCAGCCGCAUCAGCAACAGCAGCACCUUCACCACUCUACAUCCGUUUCCACCGCCGGCUCCUUCAUUCCCUACUCGUCCACUCCUUCAUCCAGCACCGGAUACGGUGCUGCGGUCCCUUCGGUAGCCGUCGCAAGCCAAAAUGCUACAACCACCACCACAACCAACACGGUUGCAUCGGUUGCGUCGUCGAGUAGCGCCACCAACAACGGAUCCGCUUUCCAUCGUCCGGAGAGUGCGUUGACCGUGGGCACGGCUCAGGCCCCCUCUGCUGCUGUGGUUCCCCCUGUCUCAUCGUACGACACACCGCCAACGUACAUUACCGAUGCGAACGCACCGACCACGGCCUACCACCAGUACCAUCACGCACCCUACCAAUCGUCUCAGUACCACCACCAUCCGCAUCAAGCGCAAGGCUACUAUCCUCCGCCGCAUCCGCCACCACCAUCGGCCUACUCGUACUACCCAUCAUCGGCCGGACCGUACGGGGUGAGUCAACCGCCGGGAGCACCGGCAGCGCCGCCAGCACCCGCCGGGCCCGGAAUGGGUCCAGCGGACUCGCAGUAUCACACAUACCCACCACCGCCGCCGGUGUCUGCGGCGGGGCAAGCGACGGCAAGCAGCUACAACUAUCCACCGUACCCAAGCCAACCGGGCGUUGGCCAAUGGCAAUAGAAGCGUAGAUCGGACAGAUCCGUUUUCGUCACUGCAUUUACGUCGCUGUCAGCUGUACAUAGAGAAGCAUAUAUACAUGUGUUUGUGUUCGUGAGUGUGUGUGUGUUAUUGUGUGUACGUGUCUAUUUAGUGUGCAUAUACGUGUACAUAGGUAUUACUUUGAUCGUAUCCUCGCACAUGAAAACACUUCAAACGUUCAGCAAAAAAAAAAAAAUAGUCGACCGAUAUCUACUACCUACAGAACAACAACAACUACUACUGCUACUACUACUACUAAAUGCUAAAGCCCUUAUAUUGAUAGUACCAUAGUAGUUACUAUUCCUACAGCUACAACGUUCAGAUCUAUAGUUAUUAAUUACAAAAAGCCAUCCUACUAUCGACCUACAUUGCAUAGCUUGAACAGUUUGACGGCACAUGUUCCUAUCAGAGAGCGAAAGAACAAACACCAGUUUUGCUUGUAGAUUCUCAAAUGCUAGUAGCACAGAUGGAAAGAAUGCAGUGUAGCAACAUUGACCGUAGCCAUGGUAACGAGGGCAAGCAUAUUCUCAGUAUUAUUUCAGUGGAACCUAAAGGAGAAAAUAUCUUAGUGUGGUUGUUGGGAUGGUUUAGCGUCCCCGUGCCGGUCUGCGUUAGAGUAAUCGGUUGUAAAUAUGGAUGAAUGUGUAUAUUCUAAGGUCACCCCUCUCGCAUCAAACACUCAUGCGCAUCGUAUACUGAAGCUUAGCUGUAGCUGUCGACUGCUUGCACGCUAAUCGAUGCAAAACAAUAACAAACGAGUAAAAUACGAAAACACACACACGCACACACCCAAGAUAAAGAGAAUAUGUUAGGCACAUAUCAGCUAGAUUCAAUCUGACUGAGGGUUUGAAAAGUGAAAGAUAACUUACUGUGCAAUUGAAAAUUGUCCGUCGAGUAUUAUAGUAAUGUGGCGCUACUUUUAAGUUUAAUUGUUUUAAUUUCCGCAAAACUAAAGCAGUUGCUCGCCCGUGUAGGCUUCUGUUUGUUCUUCCGCAUCCUGUCGCACACAAUGCACGCGCGACAUCCAUCCCCCCCAUGUCAACAAGCGGUUGGAUAGUUUAAUGUUUCGAAAAUGCGCACUAGAAAGCGUUUAGUCUCCUGUAGAAUGUUGUAAUAGCGUCGUCAAAGCAAAACAAAAUGUGUGUGUGUGUGAGUGUGUGCCGGAUAAAAAUUAGUAACGCAGAGCAGCGUUCGUUUCACUGAUAGUGCUGUUACAGGUGUAGCCUAAAGACCCUACCUGGUACAGGGAGGUACAGUGGGCCUCGAUCUCCGGGCCUCUGGUCUAGUGGGUAAUCUUCCAUUAAUGACAUAGAGUAGCAGAUUUGUCAAGCGAUUGAUUCAACCAAAAUAGUAGUAACUAAGAGAACCCAGCUAUACUCAAAUACUUCAAAACGAUCGUGUGAUCGUGGUGGCAUUUGGAAGUUGACACACGUUAUACGAUUGCGCUACUCUGAUUUUAAUGCAAACACUUACUGCUCCUAAGUAAAUACGAUAAGCCGCCGAGGUGAAAACGAUACUCCAGUGCGAGUACCAUACUAAACACACACAGAUCUACACACACACACACAACACUACUAGAAAAGCGUGAGCAAAGGCGUAAGUAAAAAAAAUCUAAAGUAUAGCAAACAAAAGCAACCUAUCGUAAUGCUGCUACAGAAAGAAUGGCAGGAUAUAAGUAGACACUACAAUGUUCAGGAAAGUAGCAUACAAUUAAAGGCGAUUAGGAAACUAACUUAUUCGAAUGUACUUGUUCGUGUUUGUCUUCUUUCUUUUGUGUUUGUUUCUAUAAUGAAACCCGAAGGAAGUCCAGGAGGUACAGACGGAGAGCCUUGCUUCGAUUUGCUUCACAAGCUUGCUCUGUACCGGUUCGCGUCAGGUGGACUAACGAAUUAUGAUUGCAUUUUCGUUCACUUUGUCCUGUUGUGUUGAGUUUAGAUACAUUAAUUUGAAGAUGAUAUUGGCCAAGAGAGAGAGAGAGAGAGUCUUCUUAAACACGACGACGGUUGAUUCAUCCCACACAGCUUCCUUGUAGCAAGGCAAUAUUUACUAAUACUACUUAAGUAGUGGAUGUGGAAGUAUGCGACCAGGAUUUUUGAAUAAUAUAAGAAAAACAGAAUAUAAAACAAUACAGCUUGAA